GCUCAGGUGAACCGUCUGGUGGAAGUGAAUACUGUACAGAGUUCCGUAGCUCCAACAAUUGCAAUAACGAUAUUUCUUGCUCUGCAUUUAGGGCGAGCAUUUGCGAAGCGGAUUUGCAUCCGGCUGAUGGCGCUAUUUGGGAACAACGGAGAUAUUACGUUGACAUCGACUCGGUAAACUAUUUGACUUCUGAAUCUAGAUGCAACGAAAUGGGAAUGGAGUUGGUGUCUAUUACGUCACAAUAUGAACUUAAUAUAGUCUUGGCAGCUAUAGCAUUAUCUGGAUAUUCCAACCAUUAUUUUUACAUCGGUUAUGAUGACGUAACGACUGAGGGAACUUAUGUUUGGAAAUCAGGUUCAGCCCAAAUGCAAGGUUAUCAACCCUGGUCACAAGAUUCUGUAUUCGAUGAUUCGAAAGACUGCACUAUUCUAAGAUCUCAGAAUUCAGAUUGGUACUCAGUCACAUGCAGCACGAGUUAUUAUCACGUAUGUGAACUAGGUAAGCAAAAUAUAUUCA